UUGCAAUUUGCACAAAAUAGUCUUUUUUUUUUCAGUUUUUCGUUGAAUAGUAAAAUAUAUGCUAUUGAAUGGGAAAAUGCACUGAAGUUAAAUCAUCCAUAUUUGAUUCGAGUUAAUUUUUUGAAUGAUCAAAUUACGCUGGCAGUAGACGAUUUGAGUGCAAUGAUUUUCAAACUUCCUUUAGAAAUUAAUAAUCCAUUAGCUCAAAUUUCUUCCGUAUAUCUCGGAUAUGCACCGAUCAAAAAUCUAAAGUAUGAAAAACUUGAAGUAGAAUUGUGGUUAAAAUCGUUAGAUCCAGAUGGAUUGGUAUUUUAUUGGGCUGAUAUGAAUGCCAAAAGUGAAUAUAUUAAUGGUGAUUUUGUUGCUUUAGUACUUAUUGCUUCACAUGCUCACUUUUUUUGGAAUCUUGGUUCUGGAAUCUCUUACUGCAGAUCUUCUACAACACUUUCCAACGAUCACUUUCAUUCCAUCCGUUUUGGAAGACAUUUACGUACUGGCUUCAUUCAAGUUGACAAUGAAAUGACUACAACUCAGACUUCUGAAGCAGGUGCUUCAUAUUUGAAUGUGAAUAAUGGCAAGGCAUUCCUAGGCAAUGUACCAAACAGAAGCAUUCUUCCAAGUGAAAUACCUGAAUUUACGGUACCGUUUCGAGGUGCAAUACAACGAUUGUCUAUUAAUGAAUUAUUAUUCUCUAAACUACUCAAAGAAUUUCAACGGUUUGGCAAGGUUUUACAAUAUGAAGGAUUUCCUUGCGCUGAUGAGGAAUGCCAAGAAAAGAGUAUUUGCUUUCCAAAGUUAAAUGAAUAUAGUUGUAGAAAUAACAAUUGCAAUCCAAAUGAAAGCAUGCAGUUUGAUGGAAAUACAGAAUAUCCGUUACUUACAAAGACGAUUCGAACCAAAAGAUCAAAGCAAAAGACAGAUUAUCAAUUCAUGCUAAAAACUAAUGAAUCGCAAGGAUUAAUUUGGUGGGAAGGAACAAGCGAUUCAAUCAAAUUACACUAUUUGGCGAUAUUUAUCUCUGCUGGAAAGCUUACUUUUUCGAUAAAAUUUAACUCCGAGUCAAAGGUCAAGGCAAUUGGAUCAAAUGUUAUUAUUAAUGAUAAUUGCUGGCAUAAUGUCAAGUUAUUAAGAGAGAAACGAAAGAUUGUAUUCGAAACUGACAAGGAGAAGAUCAUUCAUGUUUUACCACCUGAUGGAGCAGAACUUAUUACGAAUGAAGUGAUUUGGAUCGUACUAAUUUUAGGUGGAAGAAAAAAAGUGUUGCAUAAUUUUCCAUUACAAACAUUAUUCAAAGGAUGUUUGGGAGAUAUACGAAUUGCAUCAAAACUAAUUAGCAUAGAACAAGAACUGUCAUCUAAUCGAAUACCUCAGAAAUGCAAAAAUUGA